CAGCAUCCGCGGAGGAGGAGAAGAGCCGAGCGCAUCUCAAAGUUUUCGGCUGCAGCUGUUUGGACACGACGGACACGCGGGACAGUGUCUUUACGUGCAUGCAGGUGUGUCAUCCGGCUGCCAGGCUCUGUCUGGUGCACUGAGCGCCCUGGAGACACCGGCUGAUGAAGUAGCAGAUAGAAAACCUUUGAACUGAAAGUGACAGAAACAGAGACACCCAGAGUGGCGAUUCAAUAGGAGCUGCAGCCUGGAACAUCUGGUGAUACAAUAUCUGAUGGCCUCCCUUUGCCAUAUCUGCUGAAGACUACUGAAAACUAAACAUCGAUUAUGUGUCCAGUCAACUGACACUUUCAUUCUCGACUGACAACUUAACACACCUCCCAGACACUAAAUCACCCUCCCAGAACUCUCUCCCUCAUUUUCUACCUCGUGUUAUGUCUCCCCUUGUCAAGGAGGGUGGUUUUUGAAGAGCUCAUCCCAAAGGGGAAUGGUAAAGGGGACUUAUUUAAACACUUGACAGCUUUGACCCACUUAUCAACUAGCCACGCAAAGGGGAAAACUUUGCAUUUAGCAGGAAACAACAGCAAAGUGAUGCACUGCUUUAUAUUCAGGGCCAUCAAUCCACUGACCUCCUGAUCUAAUUAACGACACACAGACACAUCAACUCAAAGCAACAAACACACACCUGGUGUUGCUGCCUCUGCAGAUACUUUAAAUAGUAUUUUACUUGAUUGUGUGUCUAGUUCAGUAACACAAGACAGAUUGUGCACACAUCUACACACAAACACAUUCAUGUGUGCAGGUGUACAUGACCAGGUGAUAAAAAUCCAUCUGCACACAAUUUUCUCCCCAUAAAGAACCGUGACCUUGACUGUGAUCAGACAAGCAUUAACAAGAAGUGCUGUCAUGUCCUGUCUGCUCUGAUUGAAAGUGAGAAUUAGAGCUGAUGUGGCACGGCGGCCCUGAUAAAUACUCUAAAACAGUGAUUGCCUGAGGGUCAGUUCCUUAAAUAGGAAGCGGUGGAGCUUCAUUAGACUGUUUAGUUUGUUUCUCAAAAUGUGUGACGCUAAAAAGUAGUCCUUGGUUGUUGGGAAGUGUGUGUAUGUUUAUCUUUAUCUGUCACAUUGUCAGAGAUAAUUAGGGCUAGACCUGUACGGGUCAUGUCACUUUGACUGACCUCAAUUUGACAAAAUAAAUCGGCCAGCAGAGGAGCAUGUAUAUAACAAGACACACAACAACAUAGACACAUAAAGCUUAUGUCUAAACAUGAUAUAAGCCAGCUCCAGUACUCUGAGUUUUUUUGUCUUUUACCUCAUAAACAGGGGAUAUAUAGCUGCUAAGCUUCCUUCCUCUUUAGCUUCUUAGCCAACUACCCAGUUUCCAGUUUGGCCUUUUCCUGUGCAGGGCCCCUCAUGAACACCUUCCCAUCAUUCUCCACACCUCCUCCCAACACACCAACAAUCCAGUCAGUGUGUAAGCCCUGCCUACGGGCCCCGUGGAGGAUGAAUGAUGUGCCCACACUUGACUACGAGUUGCUGCUGUCCCCGGCCAGCUCCUCCCUCACCGGCAGUCCUGGCGGUGGCAGCAGCAGCAGCCCCCCUCUGGCUUUGGUUGGGAUGGACACUGAGCAGCGCACUGCCUUGGCCUUCGUAGGCCUCCUCAUGCUCUUCCUGAUCUUCCUGCUGGUCAGGUGCUUCAGGAUCCUGCUGGACCCCUACAGCCGCAUGCCUGCAUCAUCCUGGACUGACCACAAGGAGGGGCUGGAGAGGGGUCAGUUUGAUUAUGCACUAGUGUAGACGUUUGUCAAGGGGGCAUGGAAAACAGAACAUUAUUAAAUUGCACACACAAAUAGAAUCUUUUAAGCAUAAUUUAAUUUAGAUGGACAGUAACAACUUAAUAUUGUGACUGCACUCUGACUCGGACUUUACUGGCUACUGGUGUGUAUUGCAGUCGUGUAGUGGUGUGUAAAUAUGUGAGGCUGCAAGACCCUUUGUAACUAGAACAAAUGUGUUUUGAGGCACAAUGACCACCAGAAACCCAGACAGCCAAACACUCAUCCAGGUGUUAGAUUGCAAAGGACUGACAUAACUGAUUAAGCUGCCUUAACCUGACCUACUGUACUAGUCUAACAUGCUACCACAUCCAAACACCCCAUUAGGGUUUUUGUCAGUACAUA